AUGAUGUGUAUUGAAAAGCACUGGCUCUCAGACGUAGACGCUUGGCUGAGCAGUCCAGACCUCCGAGACAGAGCAAACAUGGGCAACAUGGCAACAGAGAUCGUGGCCUUUCUCCUGACCGUCUCCGGGUGGAUCCUGGUGUCGUCCACGCUGCCGACAGACUACUGGAAGGUGUCUUCUGUGGACGGGACGGUCAUCACCACGGCCACCUUCUGGUCCAAUCUGUGGAAAACCUGUGUGACUGAUUCCACUGGUGUGUCAAACUGCAAGGACUUUCCCUCUAUGCUGGCUCUGGAUGCCUACAUCCAGGUGUGUCGGGGUCUGAUGAUCGCCUCUGUGUGUCUGGGUUUCUUCGGUGCCGUCCUCGCACUGGUGGGAAUGAAGUGCACAAAAAUAGGAGGCUCGGAGACCACCAAAGCUCGUCUGACGGGCCUCUCGGGCCUUCAUUUCAUCCUCAGCGGCCUCUGCUGCAUGACCGCGUGCUCCAUAUAUGCUCGCAGGAUCACAACUGACUUCUUCGAUCCUCUCUUUGUCGCUCAGAAGUUUGAGCUGGGAGCAGCUCUCUUCAUCGGCUGGGCCGGGUCUGUGCUGUGCAUCCUGGGAGGACUUGUCUUCUGUCUCUCCCUGUCUGAAGGCUUCAGUAUCAGAGCUGAAUACUCCUACAGCGGAGCUGCAACAUUUCCGACAGCGCGCAACAAACACAGAAAGGCGACCAGCAGCCUCCACAACGACGCAGGGGAGCCGUCGAAGCAGUUUGGAAGGAAUGCCUAUGUGUGA